AUGAGCAACUGAAAUGAGCAUAAAUAUGAAUUAUGCGAAGAUACUGUAAGAAGUUAUAUAGGCUCGAAAUAAGUUUUUGGAUUGCUAUUACAACUGGGCUAGGCUUAAUGAUUUUUGACUGAAAAAAUCUAAUGUAAUUUCAACUCAGGUGCAAGUAUCCUUUGCAAUCGUGAUUAUUGGGGUCUUUGGCAUUCUUUCCACAGGAAGAAUCUUAAUUUAUUUCUCUUUUUAUUUAUCACCUGGAUUUAGAAUUAUUUUGAGAUUGAUGUAUGCUUAUUUAAGAGACUUGGAUCCUUCAAGAUUGGAGGCAUAG